AUGGCGUCCGAUGAGAUUGUGUGGAACAUCAUCAACCAGCAGUUCUGCAGUUUUAAGCUGAAGGCUGCUGCCAGAAGCAGCACAUUCUGCAGAAAUGAGAUGAAUGUGACAGGUCUAUGCAACAGGCAGAGUUGUCCCCUUGCAAACUCUCGCUACGCUACCGUCAGAAGCCACCCGACGAAGAACAUCAACUACCUCUACAUGAAGACGAUUGAACGAGCACACAUGCCAUCGAAGCUAUGGCAGAGAAUAAAACUGUCGGCAAACUACGCCGAAGCGCUACGCCAGAUCGACGAGAACCUUCAAUACUGGCCGGAGUUCCUCAAACACAAGGCGAAGCAAAGGGUCACUCGCUUGACACAGGUGGCGAUUCGAUCGAGACGUCUGGCGAAGGAGGAAGAGCGCCUCGGCGAGAAAAUGGUGCCCAAGAUGGCCCCCAAGAUUAGACGACGUGAAGAAGGAAGAGAACGAAAGGCCGAGGCAGCAGCCAAGCUAGAACGGACGAUCGAACGAGAGCUGAUGAACCGGCUACGUGAAGGUGCCUAUGGUGAUCAGCCGCUUAACGUCAGCGAAAACAUUUGGAAGAAGGUGCUGAGUGCCAUGGAGCGUGAGGGUGAAGGCACCAGGGAUGAGGAUCUCGAUGCAGGAAUGGAGGAUGAAGACGAAGAUGAGGACGAGAAUGAGCUUGAGUACGAACAGGAAGAUGAGGAAGAGGCUGACGGAGCGGUCGAGUACGUCAGCGACUUCGACGAGAGCGAGGACGACCUAGACGAUAUCGAAGAUUGGUUAGGAAGCGAUGAGUCGGCCGCAGAAGACGAGUCCGACACAGACGAGAGCGAGGGCGAGCCAGCAAAGAAGAAGGCCGUUUCUGUUGGAGAAAAGAGGAAGAGAGCAGCAAAGGGCGUGACGCCCAAGAAGAAGACGGCCCGACGAGGACGGGAGAUGGAACAGGAGAACGAAUUCGAGCACCAGAGGCCGGAACUCGCUUUCUAA